GGAUAGAUAGAUACACCACAAUUUAAAUUGUAAUCUGUGACCACUUUAUUGUUUACAAAAUUGAUUUCGUUCGAUUUCAUUUUCUAUUUUAGACUUAGAUUUUAGUGCGUCUUUGUUUUCGAACGUCUAACAAAUUAUAGCAAUACUUAUAAUAAUGAGUCAAAGAAGACCAAACAGAUCAACUGCUAACAUUGCAGAGGAAGAUGAUGACCUGGCUUUAGACGAAGCUGUUAAAGAAUGUGUCCGUUAUAUAUUUUACCGAGAAGGCAAUAAAACUCCUUUUAAACGCGCUGAUAUUGUUAAACACUUAAGUACUACUUGCCAGACACCUUCCGGAGAUGUUAAUACAGUCAUUUCAAGAGCUAACCAAAUAUUGAAAAAGAUAUAUGGCUACAAACUGGUACAAAUAGCAUCAAAAAGUGGUAAUCAAUUUAUAGUAAUAUUAAAUGAAGAAUGUGAAUCAUUGCAUAGUAGCAACUCAGACUCCAGCCACCGGAGACUUCUUACUGCUGCAUUGAUGCAUAUUUAUAUGACUGGAGGAGCCGUCAAAGAAGAUGAAAUGUGGAAGUUUUUAGCAGAAGCAGGAUUACUGGAAGAGAAUAACCACACUGGUCGAAAGAUUCUCACUAACACAUUUACUAAACAGCUGUACCUUCACUAUUUUAAGGUGGGUGAAGGAGACCUAGCAAAAAACAUGUUUGAAUGGGGCCAGCGAGCUACGGAAGAGGUUCCGAAGCUAUUCUUACUCCAGAAAAUGGCUAAGGCAUUCGACAAACAGCCUGAUCACUGGUGUGAACAAUACAAGGAGGCUACAGAAGAACCAAUGGGAGAAUAAUAAUCUAAUUACAGAUACACCUCAAAACAUUAGCAGUUACUUGUAAAAAUUAUGUCUGUGAUUGUUUAAUUGUAAGUUCGAUGCACUAUUUUCUCAAACUCGUAUCGUAUAAAGAGUGAUUAUUCAGGAGAUUGCAAAACUUUAUAUUUGUUUUAAAUUUCUUCCGGUGCGUGAAUAUGAAGCCAAUGUGAUGUGAAAUCGACCUGCAAAAUUUGUAUAUACAAUCCAUUUUUUGCAUUU